AAGGUUGAUCUGUCAACUCUGUCUGGCGCAUCAGUUGUAGUUUUUUUUUUUAUUUAUUUACUAAAAGGAAAAUGUUUUAUUGUAAAUAAGGACUACAAAAGGUCCAAUUUACAAACAAUUUUCUUAAUGGACCACAAUAUUUACGGUCUGUGAAUUUGUUAUCAUUGCUUUUGUUGUCCAAUGUGUAUCAAUUCGAAUCAAAUCACUUUUCAAACUCGAAACAAAACUAAAUGAGUGAUCGUAAUGUCUGAAGCAGAACUCUUAACGUCGAUAGACGAAUAUCAAACCCAACUCAUUCAAGUAGAGAAAACAAUUGCAUUAUGUACCGACCCGACACAACGUGAUUCAUUGGAGAAUCUGAGAAAGGAUCUGACCGAAUUGUUGGAUCUAACCAAGGAGCAACUGAAUGAGCUUGGUAGUGGCCAAUCAACAGAUCCGUUCGAAGAUGAAAUGAAACUAUUUUUAUCGGAAAUUCGUAGCGUUGAACAAUCGGAAGACGUCGCGGAAGACGUCGAUGAAAAUUUUGAAGCGAGAAUUGAAACCAUCAAGACUCAAUUGACCGAAAUUGUGGGAAAGAAAUUCCUGGCGCCUUACAACUCAUGGAACGGCAAGGCAUUUCACAACGCAUUCGUAUGCAGUUUGGACGACACGACCGAUUACGAUGAAACUGUUACUUUGGACAACAUCAAAAUUAAAGUUCUGUUCAUCAAUCCGACACAUCGAGACAUGGUACCAUGUUCGUACUUCUUGGACGGUAGCUGCAAAUUCGAUUCAGACCGAUGUCACUAUUCCCAUGGCGAACUCGUAUUGUACAAAGAGUUACAGGAUUAUAAAGAGCCGAAUUUUCAACUGCUGCAACAAAUGAAAUGUCCAGUGCUUGUGAAACAGAGUGAUCGUAUUUGGCACAGAGGUAGAGUGACGUCGAGCAAUUUCGACGAGCAGCGUUGCACAGUAAAAUUGGAGCAAAACAAUAAAGAGAUCUGUUGUGAAUUUCCGGAUGUCUUACCUAUGCAUUGUGACAGUCCAACAUCAGAAGAUGAAUCAUCCGAUUCUAAUAGCUACGGCGAGGAGCGCCACAAACAAAUUCUAGUUGACAGAACACUAUUGAAUCCAUCAACAGACGGAGUUCUGGGCGAAUGGGAGAAACACACCAAGGGCUUCGGUUCGAAAAUGAUGCAGAAAUUCGGCUACAUUCUCGGAACUGGCCUGGGCAAUAAUGGCGAAGGCAUUGUCGAUCCAGUACAGAUACAAAUUCUACCGGCGGGCAAGAGUUUGGAUUAUUGCAUGGAGCUAAGGGAACGAGCCAACGGUGACAAGGACUUGUUUAACGUUGAUAGAAAGUGGAAAAAGCAGCAAAAGAAACAGGAACUAGUGAAUGCUCGCGCAUACGAACGGAAUCGUCAAAGUAGCAACGUCUUCAAUUUCCUAAACGAUAGUAUCCUUGCCACUAUGGAUGGUGGUCGUGACGCAGUCCCGACACCGCAGGCCCAAACUCAGCCGAAGCCUGUUGAGCUUAAAACGCAUUCGACCAAAAAUUUGAAUGUUGCCGCGUUUAAGUUGGGCGAAGACAUUAAAAAGCUGGAGAAGGACAUCCAAAGUGUGAAGGAUUCCAUGGCGCGACAACAACGCGGAACACCUGUAUAUAGCAAAUUAAGUGCAAAGUUGAGUUCAAAGCAUUCGGAAUUGACUGAGUUGAAGAAAUCAGAGAAAAAUGUGACAAGUGAACAAAUAUUCCGGAAGGAUAAGUCUAAGUUGACGAUAUUCUAGAUGUGCGACGUGCCGUGUAAGUGUUUCUUAUUUUGUUUAUUCAAUAAAAUUGUUUUUUUUUUCUGGUCGA